GGGCUAUGGACAUUCUGUCAUAAAAAGGGUAAAACAGAUCAUGGAAGAAGCUGUCACCAGGAAAUUUGUGCAUGAAGACAGCAGCCACAUCAUCGCCUUAUGUGGUGUGGUAGAAGCAUGUCUUCUGCACAUGCUCAAACGGAGAGCCGCCGGCUUCCUACGGACCGAUAAGGUGGCUGCCCUCUUCACCAAAGUUGGCAAGACUUAUGCGAUAGCUGGUGACAUAUGCAAGAAGGUCCAGGAGCUGCAGCAGCAGGUGGAAAGCAGGAAAAAUCAGCCAACUGGCCAGGAGUCCCUCAAGAGGCAGAAUUCAACCACAAGCAAAUCGCCUGUCCUGACACCUCAGGCCAUCAAACACAUCUGGGUCCGGACGGCGCUGAUCGAGAAAGUGCUGGACAAAAUUAUGCAGUACAUCGUGGACAACUGCAGCAAAUAUUACGAGAAAGAAGCUCUAUUGGCAGAUCCUGUUUGUGGUCCAAUCCUUGCUUCUCUUCUAGUUGGACCCUGCGCUCUCGAAUAUACCAAGCUGAAAACAGCCGACCACUACUGGACUGACCCCUCAGCCGAUGAGCUGGUGCAGAGGCACCGCAUUCAUGGAGCACACGGCCGUCAGGACUCUCCCUCCAAACGCCCGGCGCUGGGAAUCCGGAAGCGGCAGUCCAGCGGGAGCACGUCCGAGGACCGGUUUGCUGCUUCGGCAAGGGAGUAUGUGGAGUCUUUGCACCAGAACUCGAGGACACACCUGCUGUAUGGGAAAAAUAACGUCCUCGUUCAGCCAAGAGAUGAUAUGGAGGCAAUUCCUGGGUAUCUCUCCCUGCAUCAGUCAGCAGAUAACUUGACUUUGAAAUGGACCCCGAACCAGCUCAUGAAUGGGACCCUUGGGGAUUCAGAACUUGAGAAAAGUGUUUACUGGGACUACGCCUUAAUCGUGCCAUUCAGUCAGAUCGUCUGCAUACACUGCCAUCAGCAACAAAGUGGAGGGACAUUAGUGUUGGUGAGUCAGGAUGGGAUUCAGAGACCUCCGCUCCAUUUCCCGCAGGGAGGCCACCUCCUUGCUUUCCUCUCUUGCCUCGAAAAUGGCCUUCUGCCCCGAGGGCAACUAGAGCCACCGCUUUGGUCCCAACAGGGCAAGGGUAAAGUGUUUCCAAAGCUCCGGAAAAGGAAUAUUAACAAGUCAGUGGAUCUAGAUGAAAUGCCAGAGGAGACUGCUACAGACUACGUCUUCAGAAUCAUCUACCCAGGUCACAAGCAUGAGAACAUAACUAUUAACUACCACCACUUAGCUGCCAGCCGUUCUGCCUCUGUCGACGAUGACGAGGAGGAGGAAGAUAAGCUGCACGCAAUGCUAUCAAUGAUCUGCUCUCGGAACCUCACAGCUCCUAAUAGGAUGAAAGACCCCAGCGACAUGAUAGAGAUGCAGGGAUUUAGUGCAAGCUUGUUGUCAUGGCAGCUGGAGCACUGUAGCCAAGGUUCCUCGUGUCUCUCCUGUUCAACGGGCAGCUCUCCUUAUGACCUCCCCAGCUGCUGCAACUGCAUACACGACAGAACCCCGUUAAAGAUGCUGUGUGAAAGCAUGAAGAGACAAAUUGUAUCCAGAGCCUUCUAUGGAUGGCUUGCCUACUGCCGUCAUUUGUCUACAGUGCGAACACAUCUGUCUGCUCUAGUGAACCACACCAUCGUCCCACCCGACAAACCGACCAGCGCCACAGGAGGCCUGACAAAAGAGGUCUGGAGCAAAUACCAGAAGGACAAGAAGAAUUACAAGGAGUUGGAAUUGCUGAGAAGAGUGUACUAUGGUGGGGUGCAGCAUGAGAUCCGAAAGGAAGUGUGGCCCUUCUUACUAGGUCACUACAAAUUUGGCAUGACCAAGAAGGAUAUGGAUCGGGUGGAUGAAGACAUUGCUCUCCAGUAUCAGAAGGUCAUGGCGGAGUGGAAAGCCUGCGAGGUGAUAGUGAAGCAGCGAGAGAAGGAGUCACACUAUGCCACCUUGGCUAAGUUUUCAUCGGGCAGCAGCAUCGACAGCCACGUCCAGCGACUGAUCCACAGGGACUCCACCAUCAGCAAUGACGUCUUCAUCUCUGUAGAUGAAAUGGACUCAGCAGAGCGAGACUCAAAGGGCCAGGACGACCCUUCUUUGACUGUGGUGAACAUGGACACACCAACAGCAGUUGCUGCAGUAGAGCAGCAGUCGGUAGAAUUUGAUUCUCCUGACUCUGGGCUGCCUUCUUCUCGGAACUACUCGGUAGCUUCAGGCAUCCUCUCCAGCAUCGAUGACGGGCAGAGCAUCUGCUUUGAAGAUGGGGUAGAGGAAGAAACGAGCAUGGACUUGGAAAGAACAGAUGUGGACACAGUCCAUGCUCAGAAAGCCGGGUUGGUGGCUGUAGAGGUGCAGGAUUCCAUACCGGAGGAACAGCUGUGCUCCCAGCUGGAUUAUUUAACAUCUGGAGUGGAUCUUGCUGCUGUUUGUGCUGCGUCCUAUACAAUAGAAUUACUGGACACAGUUGCCUUAAAUUUGCAUAGAAUUGAUAAAGACGUCCAGAGGUGUGAUCGGAACUACUGGUAUUUUACUGCUGAUAACCUGGAGAAGCUCCGAAAUGUCAUGUGCAGUUAUGUUUGGGAGCACCUCGAGGUUGGGUACGUUCAAGGCAUGUGCGAUCUCCUGGCUCCUCUCAUGGUCAUACUCGACAGCGAUCAGCUGGCAUACAGCUGCUUCAGCCACCUGAUGAAGAGAAUGAGCCAGAACUUCCCCAAUGGUGGUGCUAUGGACACACACUUUGCCAACAUGCGAUCCCUAAUCCAGAUUUUGGACUCCGAGCUCUUUGAGCUGAUGCACCAGAACGGAGACUACACUCACUUCUACUUCUGCUAUCGCUGGUUCCUGCUUGAUUUUAAGAGAGAAUUGUUGUACGAGGAUGUAUUUACAGUGUGGGAAGUUAUUUGGGCAGCAAAGCACAUCUCUUCAGAACAUUUUGUCCUUUUCAUUGCCUUAGCACUGGUGGAGGUCUAUCGAGAGAUUAUCCGUGAUAACAACAUGGACUUCACCGAUAUCAUCAAGUUUUUUAAUGAAAUGGCCGAGCAUCACAAUGCCCAGGAAAUCCUCAAGAUUGCGAGAGACCUCGUCUACAAAGUGCAAACGCUGAUAGAGAACAAGUGACGGCGGAUGCGGAGAGAACGGUCACGGAGCUGCCAUGGGCCUGUGCAGACUGUGCGAUGAAGCUGUUCUUUGCACACACUUCAAACAGCGUUUUAAUUGCAUCUUCCAUGUAACGUAUAAGUAUUCCAGAGGUCUGUAAGAGAGACAUUUAAAGCCGAUUUCCCCUGGAGAUGAGGUUGGUUUGAUCGUCCUUGCUGCUCUCACUUUGUAUUUUGAGGCACAAAUCUUUUUUCAUUGUGCCCUUUCUUAGGCUCUAGAAGUGUCCAUCUCUGUGUGUGAGCUAUUGAGGGGAUUUUGUUUGUGGGAGGCUUUGUAUUUAUUGACCUCAUACCUCUGUAAUGCCCUGGGAAUCAGUUGCGUUCACCCAAAAUCUCCUGCACAUUCAGAGUUGAGGCCUGUUGAAGCAGACUUCUGCAAGUGCACACACAGCCCUUAGUAAAGCAAAUGCCAUAGACUGGGCACGGAGGAUACAAGAAGAGAGGCACUGGCUCCCACCUGUUAGAGCAUAUUUUGGCCGUAGAAGUACAAAGGCCCAUGUAUUUAAAGGCAGCAUUUAAAGGUGGAUCAGGUUAGAAGUCCAAGAGCUGAGAUCACGCUCCACAUGCUACCUCCCUUAGGACCGGAAAGAAAACCCCACCUGAAUAAUAGGCAGACCCUGAUGUCAACUCAGCCACAACUCUUGGAUCAGUGAACGCCUGAACCAGGGUGCAGCCCCCGUACCUGCUAGGGUGAGCUUGAAGACAAAGCCCAGUGUCAAGUCAGUCUCUGAAACAACCUUCAUGCCAUCAGGGACCUCAGUCAAACACUUAACUCUACCAAGGACAAGCUACACGUUGAUCCACAGCAGCUCCCAGCAGUAUGGCGUUAUCUAGGCCUGGGAGUGUUGGGUGAUCUUAGACCAGAGACUCUCCUGCAUGCUGAUGGCAUCCCAUUAAAUUCAGUGGGACAAGGAAAAGUUUAGCAAUAGCAGAAGAGGUUUGCAGGGGGGGGCGGUGCUUUAGUGUGUCCAAACUCGCACCCCAGAGGCACUAGCUUCUUUCCCCCAUUUCUCAGAGAUGAAAGCAGUGGCUGUUAGGGUGUCUUCCUUUGUUAGUCCCCCUAGGAAGUGCCUUGGAUUUGAUUUUCAUCUGGCUAUGGGCAGUUUCCAGAGUAGCCAAAUCUCUCUUGUGCCAGCCUUCACUUCAUUGCAUUUGACCCCAAACUUCCCUUAGUUGUUAGCAGGUCUUACAGAGGCUCUGCUCCCCUCGGUUUCCUGGUUGUAGUGGUGACACCACACUUGCUCUUUCAGGAGCAAAUACCAGCAGCUGCUAGGGGGUACAGCAGUUUUACCACCAGAGGAGCUGUCCCAGGUCUCGAGUUGGACAGUAGCUGUAUUUCAGGCUGUUAAACAUCUACGUGAUAGCACUGUCACCAUGUACACUAGAUGACAUGCAUAGACCCCAGAUGGACUACAAGAAGGAUUCAAGUAGGCCGGUUAAAGAAUGAGUAAUGCGGACAGCAGCAGACACAGAUACUUUUAGCAAAAGUUCAGGUACCCACGAUUUAGGUGCACACAUCAUUCAGGCACUCGUGGAGAGAAAACAAAACAAAAAAAAUCACGGCCAUGCCAUUGUGUCCCAUUGUGGAAGGUGGCCGAGGCUUUUUGGAGUUUAAUUAAGUUUGCUUCUGAACCAGAAGUCGUAGCCCGAAAGAUCACAUGAAGCUUGGAGCCGAACUUUGUGGCCCAGUUUUUAUACCCUUCUGUUACCUUUUCAGAGGAGGAUGUUGAAAAGCUCAGUGUGGGCCAGCGGGGGCUGGCCCUGUGCCAGGGCGAACACUGAGCGCUCGGGAAACUCCUCCAGGAAGAACGAAUCCAACUUAAAUGACCUUUCACAGGCUGUUUCCUAGGAGAGGAGCAACAGUGCGCUCUGACAUGCCUGCAAGUGUUUUCAGCUGCGGGAUUAACGGGACCAGAGUUUGCUCGCUUGGUAGCGCUACACGGUGGAGUGUAUCUGCUCUUCGCUUACUUUGGCCACACAGUACAAGUCGCUUGGGUUUGGCGUCAUUCUCAAACAGGCUAAAAAUCCACGAGCGAUUGAGUGUGAAGCCCGUCACCCCCCGUUAGCUCAUGCAGAGACAGACUGUGUGUUGCCGAAGGAUGAACCGGUCCCUGCACUGGUUCCUCCAAGCUACAGUUUUACCAUCACAAGUGGGGGGG